AUGUCGGGUGUCGACAUGCAACUCGAUAUGAGUACACUCUCACUCGCCGGCUUGGGAACCUUCUCAAAUGUACUCUCAGUACUUUCAGCAGACGACAUUCAACCCAGUGCAAUGCUCCAGCUCGAACAACUGGGCUCAGCCUUCCCAAUCAGUGGGCCACUCAUGACUCGUAUCCCCGACCAACUUCAACGGUGUGCAAGCACACGCCUAGAUCGGCUUGGUGUGAUGAUCGGCUGGCGCAAAGGGGACGCAGCUUCACUGAUGGCCCAGUCUACUGGAGGUCAAGCCAUUUCGCUACUUGCAACCUGCCUGGAGAACAUCUAUGGAAAUGCCACUGCGGGCUCGAUUUUCUACCAUCUUUCAAAGACUUUGCUGCCGAGCUCUGUUCGUCUCAGUAGCCCCAAGCAAUUGAUGCAGGCCACUAAUAUCCUUGCGAAUAAACUUGGUGUUAUUGGUUUCGGAACACAUCUCGCAAAACAUGUGUAUCGUAUCCACGAGGCGUACCGGCAUCUACAAGAGAGAGCACCGACAAGUCUCUUGGCAUCGCUGAGCCCCGAUGGUAUGAGUGAAAUAUUGUCAAAGUUCUCACAGGCUCUCAGAAAAGAGCGAUCCAUUGUUUGUGUUCGUGGAUGUGCGAGCAUGGGGUAUAUCUUCGCUCUCGCGGUGACGAUGUUUCCAGAUGAUUGUAUUGUUACUGUCGAGUCUUUGAUCAUCCAUCAAGGAUCUCGCUCCUCAUCCAUAUGCAUUGAUAUCACUGAUCAUCUGGGCGAGAAAUUUCUCCAGACCGAGGUCAAGGGUAAAAUCGAUUCAUUUUCAGAUAUCCGAGUCUUGCCUGGAAAACCGUCAUCUUCGCUCAAAUUUGUCUACCCAGGUUACUUGGCUGCGUACAUGCAAAUUCACUUACAGGAGAUGGGCGUGGUCUGUUUGCACGUUGCUAUAGAAGCAAUGGGAGCCUGUAUUCUAUCACUUUCUGAUCUGGUUCACGUCACCAUUGGAGAGCGUGCCGGUGAUCAGCCAAUGGUCUCAGUCCAUCUUUUCAGUCAGGUCUUCGGCGAAUUUCCUCGAGUAGCUCUACACCAGCGCUGCGAAGAGGCUUUGGGAGUGACAUUGCCGCUGAGGUGGCCUUCAUUCUCGAAAACAUUUACAACACUCCAGCAUGUCCUAGCAAGGUCAAAUGGAGUUGACCAAAUCUCGCAGCUAGCCGAUAAUAUAAGCCGCUAUUGUGACCCGUCAACACUUCUUCUUCGGAUUAUAGAUGAGGGUAUUGCUAGCCUCGCCGUUCAUAUCCACGGGGGCGCUGUCUGGCAGGAGCGCUCUGAUCCCAGAGUUUGGAGUCCAUCCACCAAGAUACAGAAGCAGGUUGCGAAGAUCAUCAUUCCGCCUCAGGGGGUGUUGUCUCAGCUGUUCUCUUGGAAUGAUGUAGAUCUGGUUGUCAAGUCAGAUGGCACGACAACAUUGGUCCCAGCCGGUAUCUCCCAGAUGGGUAGUGAUCUCUCUGGUUAUAGGGGUCUUGAACUCUUCGACGGCGUUAUUUACCACGACAAUCGAUAUCACACUGACAUAUAUACCGAAAUCCCUUAUAACAACCUGUCUCGGUCCCUGAAUGAACAAUUUCGUGCUCCUAGCAGCGAGAUCUACCCUACGAUGGAGGGCGUUCAUUCAGAUCUAUCUCUGACCCUCUCAGAACAAGUACGCGGCCUUGCAUUGGAGUGCUCUGUCCAAGUUUCAGGCCAGCGUCACUUGAUCAAUCUACGAGAAUGUGUAGAUCACUUAUUCGGCCUCUUCAACGCAAAUCCAUGUAGACAUACAAAGAAGACUCAACUCAAACAGGAAUAUGUGGGAAUGAUUCAAACGAACUCCAUCCUAGAACCAGAUGCACGGCAAGGGGACCAAAUCUCAAUAGUCCAAACAGCAGGCAAUCCAACAGCGCAAUUCCUCUCCCUAACAAAAUGGGACCCAGCCCUCCUCUGCCACAAAAGCUGCCUGAAUUGCGCUUACGAACAAGCCCGUGAUAAAGAGAUCUACAAGAUCAUCGUCGCAUGA